UAGCGGCCAUUAAUAUUGCUUCUCAACCUCAGGCCAGCCACUCCUUCUCUACUUACAUGCGUGCUUGGAAGCUAUUCUCCAGAGCGACGCCUUCUCAUUUUCCUAGAAUUUCUUGCUUUCCUAGACCCUUCUCUUGCACUGCUUCUGUACCUAGAUUUGAACCUCCACGCCGCCAGCAGCUCGUUGGACCCAAGAUGGCCACCAGCACUUCCAAGACCGGUCAGCCCUUGGACCGCGCCGUCCUCGAGUCCGUCCUGCGUCGGAGACUCUUUUACACUCCUUCCUUUGAAAUCUACGGUGGAGAGCGUGGUCUUUUCGACUACGGACCACCAGGAUGCGCCCUUCAAGCCAACGUGGUCGACCUGUGGAGAAAGCACUUUGUCCUCGAAGAAGACAUGCUGGAAGUGGACUGCACAAUGCUGACUCCCGAGGCUGUCCUCAAGACCAGUGGACACGUCGACAAGUUUGCCGAUUGGAUGUGUAAAGAUCCCAAGAGCGGAGAAAUCUUUCGUGCAGAUCAUCUGGUUGAGCAGGUCCUUGAGGCUCGGUUGAAAGCGGACAAGGAUGCUCGUGGACAAACAAUCGAAGUUGAUGAGGCGAAAGAGGCCAAGAAAAAGAAGAAGAUCAAGGACACCAAAAUCGAGAAACUGGACGACGCCGUCGUGCAAGAGUACGAGGAGACUUUGGCCAAGAUUGACAACUACGGAGGUGAUGAGCUUGGAGAGCUCAUCAAGAAAUUCAAUAUCAAAGGCCCAACUACCGGAGCGGAGCUGGAUCCUCCAAAAGCAUUCAAUUUGAUGUUCCAGACUCAGAUCGGACCUAGCGCAGAGUUGCCAAACGGAUACCUGCGGCCAGAGACUGCUCAAGGUCAAUUUUUGAACUUUCAGAAGCUGCUAGAGUUCAACCAACAGUCCAUGCCGUUCGCUUCUGCAUCUAUCGGCAAGUCUUUCAGAAACGAGAUCUCUCCUCGAUCUGGACUGCUGCGUGUCCGAGAGUUUUUGAUGGCUGAGAUUGAGCACUUUGUCGAUCCCGAGGGCGGGAAGAAACAUCCCCGAUUCGACGAUGUCAAACACGUCGAGCUGACCCUGCUGAACCGAAAGACCCAGCUCGCUGGAAGCACCAAGCCCGACGUCCUGACCAUUGGUGAGGCCGUGUCUACGAAGCUGGUUGACAACGAAACCUUGGGCUACUUCCUGGUCAGAAUCCAAGAUUUCUUGCUCAAGCUUGGAGUCGACUCGAGCAAACUGAGGUUCAGACAGCACAUGGCAAACGAGAUGGCGCAUUACGCAGCAGACUGUUGGGAUGCAGAACUCUUCACCACUUAUGGAUGGAUCGAAUGUGUUGGAUGUGCCGAUAGGAGUGCCUAUGACUUGACUGUCCACAUGAACAAGACUGGCGCACCGCUCGUUGUCCGUGAAACCAGAGCAGAGCCUUUGGUGAUCGAAGAAUACCAAGUCGACAUCGACCGCAAAAAGCUUGGGCCGAAGUUCCGCAAAGAUGCUAAAGCUGUCGAGAGUGCAGUGGAAGCCCUUUCGCAAGAGUUGCGCGAGAAAUUGUCCCUUGAUUUAGCGAAGACCGGAGAGAUUGAGAUUCAGACGCCAGGCGUGGGAAGUGGGACAACAACACUCGGCAAGGACCUAGUCAACAUCGAGAAGAGAAAGCGGACGGAACAUGUUCGCGAGUACACUCCCAACGUCAUCGAACCUUCUUUUGGUAUCGGAAGAAUCCUCUACAGCGUGAUGGAGCACGUCUUCUGGACACGAGAAGGUGAUGAAGCUCGUGGUGUGCUGUCUUUCCCUCCUACCGUUGCGCCGACCAAGGUCCUACUUGUACCGUUGUCAAAUCAUCCCGACUUCAAGCCAUUCAUGAAGAAAUUAACCGCUAGAUUACGCCAAAUCGGCGUCUCCAACAAAGUUGACGACUCUUCCGCGAGCAUUGGGAAGCGUUAUGCUCGUAACGAUGAACUUGGGACACCAUUUGGCAUCACCAUCGACUUUCAAACCGUCAAAGAUGGCAGUCUCACCCUUCGUGAGCGUGACUCUACCAAGCAAGUUCGUGCUAGCGAGGACGAGAUCAUUGCGGCGGUCAAGUCACUGGUAGAAGGAGCAGAUACAUGGGAGCAGGUCGCGAAGAGGUUGCCUGCAUUCGAAGGACAAGAAGCCGAUCCGACGGAAAAAUAGGAGGAUAUGUUGGAUGUGUGCUUGUGCUUUCAAAGAUACCCGACCUUGAUGGUGCAAUCUGCUUUUGCGAUGAACAAAAAGGUUAAGAUGGCACCUCGGAGAUGAUGGUCAGAGCACCGUGGCGGGAAAUCGCUGGACCAUGUACUCCAUGAAAUAGAGUCUUGUAGGAAUAUGUAUGAAAUGGUCUCGGAGAACCUUUGAGGUUGAGGCCUCCCGAUCGUUCCGUGGAGUGAUCUGCCC